AUGAGUCUACAAGGUCAAGACGAUCCAAAUCUCUUCAACUUUACCUUCGACCCUGAGAAACUCAGGGCAAAGUACAUCUAUGAGCGUGACAAACGUCUCAAAGAUGAAGGAGCUAGUCAAUAUAUAGUUGUUGAGGAAGAGGGAAGCCAGUUCUCCCACUACACAAAGGACAUCCAUACACCACCAUUUGUUCGAGAUGCCAUGAAUAUCGAGACCGAUGUUCUCAUUCUCGGUGGUGGAUUUGGAGGCCUAUACUCUGCAGUCAAGUUACAGGAAGCUGGUGUCACUGACUUCAGGAUUAUUGAAAAGGCUGGAGGAUUUGGUGGUACUUGGUAUUGGAACCGCUAUCCCGGUGCAGCUUGCGACACUGAAUCUUACUGCUACGUACCUUUGCUUGAAGAAACGGGAUAUAUACCAGUCGAGCGAUAUACCCGUGCUCCCGAAAUGCUUGCCCAUUGUGAGAGAAUCGCUCAAAAAUGGGACUUGCAUCGUCGUGCGAUUUUCCAAACGACCACCAAAGAUAUGGCUUGGGAUGAAGAAACUGGACGAUGGAUCUUGAAGACCAACCGUGGCGAUGUUAUUCGGGCUAAAUAUGUUGUUAGUUCUGCUGGACCUCUGCACAAGUUGAAGCUCCCCAACGGAGUUGGUAUUGAUAAGUUUAAAGGACACUCGUUCCACACUUCACGAUGGGACUAUGAAUAUACCGGAGGCUCUUCGUAUGGUGAUUUGCAUAAAUUGAAAGACAAACGAGUCGCUAUUAUUGGAACUGGCGCGACGGCGGUUCAGUGCAUUCCAUAUUUGGGUGCUUCUGCAAAACAACUGUUUGUCUUCCAACGCACCCCAUCAUCAAUCGAUGUCCGGGCUAAUCGCAAGACUGAUCCUGAAUGGGUCAAGACACUCCAGCCGGGAUGGCAAAAAGCUCGCCGCCGCAACUUUGGAAUCCUGACUUCUGGCGGUGAAGCCGAUGAAGAUUUGACCAAGGACGGAUGGACACAAGUCUUAUCUGAAAUAUUGGCUAUGAAGCGAUCCAAGGAUCCUAAACGUAAAAACUUCAAAGAGAAGGAUUUGCUGCAACUUGCGGAUUACAGGAAGAUGGAGAUGAUUAGAGCUCGCGUUGACUCUAUCGUAAAGGACAAGAAAACUGCUGAAUCGUUAAAGCCGUACUACAAUCAAUAUUGUAAACGACCCUGUUUCCAUGACGACUACCUUCCAACCUACAACUUACCAAACGUGAAAUUGGUCGACACUGAUGGUAAGGGCAUUGACAGAAUCAGUGAAAAGGGGGUGGUUGCAAACGGUGUAGAGUACGAAGUUGACUGCAUCAUCUGGGCUACCGGCUUCGAAGUCUCGUCAGGCUUUUACCGUACUGGUUCUGCCGGUUACAACAUUACUGGACGCAACGGCGUCACAUUGGACCAACAUUGGUCGAAGGGAAUGUCGACACUUUACGGCAUGCUUACUCGAGGCUUCCCCAACUACUUUAUGAUUCAAAACAGUCAAGGUGGUCUCGGCGCAAACUUCACGACCAGCAUAGAUGACAUGACCACUUGGGCCGUUCAAUGCAUCAAGAUGUGUGAACAAAGAGGAUUAGCUACUGUUGAGCCUACGGCUCAGGCAGAAAAGGACUGGGUGGAUACCAUCUUGAAGACUUCUAUGCUCAGGAAGUCCUUCUUGGAGUUCUGCACACCAGGAUACUACAAUUUCGAGGGCAAGAGCGAUGAAGCUGACUCUCGAAACAGUGUGUAUGGCCUUGGACCCGUGGCCUUUGGUGACUUGCUUGAAGAUUGGGUAAAGGAAGGACGAAUGAAGGGCUGUGAAGUCACGAAGCGGCCUGAAAGCAGCAAGCCUGCUGCUCAGAUACGGAAGGCCUUUAAAAAGAUAUGCGACACGAGAUUAUUGCGUCCUUACAUUCCACGUAUUACCUAUGGACGUCGUAAAAUCCAUAUAAAAGCUCUCAACAUCCAAAACUCAAACGAGCAUAACAGAGAGUAUAGGGACGAGGACGAGAGAGACAUGGAGUACCAGCUAUACCGUGCAUCCUCCAUCGGAAUGUCCCUAACAGAAACUCUCGAUGCCAUGGUCACUGCCGGACAAAUCGACCCAAAAGCAGCAGUCCAAAUGCUAACGCAAUUCGACAAAUCAAUGACAGAAGCCCUGCGCUCCAAAGUGACAUCGAAAGCACAACUAAAAGGACAUUUGCAUUUCUAUCGCUUUUGUGACGAUGUUUGGACUUUUGUUAUCAAGGACUCGACGUUCCGUAUGGAGAAUGAAACGCUGGCUCCUGUGUCUGAUAAAGUCAAGGUUGUAGCAUGCAGUUUCAAGCCACCUUCUGCCCCUGGUGGAUCAAAGGACGAUCUCAACAGCCCAGUCAAGAUGUCGGAAAAGAGCGAGUCGCCAACAGACAGGAAGUUUUCUGAAGCCGAUCAUAAAUUCAUGAAGCUGGCUCUCGUACAGGCACAAGAAGCCUUCGACCACACCGAAAUUCCAGUUGGCUGCAUAUACGUCCUCGACGGAAAAGUGCUCGCCCAAGGACGCAACAGAACAAAUGAAACAUUGAAUGCAACAAGACACGCUGAAUUCAUCGGCAUAGACACAAUCCUGAAAUCUCAUCCAACAGCAAUCUUCCCAAACGUGGACUUGUACGUUACUGUCGAACCAUGCUUGAUGUGCUCGUUCGCUUUACGACAGUUGCAAGUACGACGAGUGGUUUUUGGAUGUGCUAAUGAUCGGUUUGGAGGUUGUGGGAGUGUUUUUGAUGCUCAUAGCUUGCCAUUGGAUCAUCUACCGCCGUAUUUCGCUGAAGGGGGAUUGUAUCGUGAGGAGGCUAUCAUGAUGCUGAGGAGAUUUUAUCUGUUGGAGAAUGAGAGAGCACCCGUACCACAGAGGAAAUCAAACCGCGUACUGAAAACUGUCGAAUUGUAG